CGAAGUUACUCCGUGUCCCCAAUUGUCCGCGGACUUGGAGAUUCAAAAAUAUCGGGAGUCUCGAAGUCCCGCUGCUGUGAAGGAGGGGAGAAAGCUCCGUGAAAUUUCGCUUCCUUUCGCUUCAUGACCCGAAAAUUUCCCCGUCCACCUUACGUGAGCAUUGACUUGACUCGGCGGUAGACGCCCGGGAUGGAUGUUCUCCUAACUAAUUUCUGGCGGCUCCGAGGCUGCACCGUGACUCUGGACUGACGAAGGAUGUUCUUCUAUGGAGCGGGAGGUACUCCCGCUCUUUGGCAUUGGCGCUGCGCUACGCUGCAGCUUUACCCCCUUGCUGAUGCACGCACGACAUGGCAGGGGCAUGAAAAUUGAGGUGGAAACAGCAAGACGAAGACGCAGGAGAAGGAGAUCCUCUGAUGAAUUUGAAGGCGAACCCGGAUGCUGAUCGACUGACCGAAUGACGUGACUGAGUUGGUGCAUCAAGUUCUUUCUAAGAAGGGCAACAGCGUCUACACCCACUCUUAAUCAUCAAGUGAAGCAUGGAUUUAGACCAUGACUUCGAACCUGGCAGGAGAAAUCGACGGCAGGCUGUUCUCAACUCCGUGUUGCUUAAAGAGGUCAUGGAUAGCAGCGGUUCAGAGGGCACUGAUCCUGAUGAUCCCGAUGUAGAAGAGCCCACAAGGAAGCGCUCCCUCGGACAGGAGAGCAACAGACCGAAGAAAAGAGCCAAAGCUAACGGAGUAGAAAGGGAGAAAGAAGGUGGACCUAAACGCAAAAGACAACAUGCCUUCAUUGCUGAGGAACCUGACGCCGAUAACGAAGACCUUAUUGACGUUCUAAAGCACAAAGGGAAAGUAGUCCGACACGCAGCUGCGAAGUGGGUGGAACGCUAUGAGGCCAAUCCAGACUUGGCGCUUGGGGAGCUCCUGAAAGCUCUCUUUCAGGCUUGUGGAGUGAAGUCUGGCUUGGACACAUAUACUUGGACCGAAGUUGACAUCGAUGAUGCUGUUCGAGAGUUGGUGGACAUCGCCAAGAAUGAUGGUCUGGAAGAUUACCUUGGAUCAAAACAACGUGAUUUCCGCAACUUCAAAGAUAAUCUUGUUACCUUUUGGGAUAGCUUGGUGAGAGAGUGCCAGGAUGGUGCUCUUUUCGAUCAAAAGCUUAUGGAAAAAAGUAUGGAUUACGUCAUUGCUCUCUCUUGCACACCUCCGAGAACUUUUCGACGGGUUGGGACUUUGGUAGGCUGCCAACUAGUGACAUCCCUAGUGGGUGUAGCGAAGAGGUUGGGUGAAUCUCGCGAAACCGCACAAAGGCAGCUGAAUGCCGAGAAGAAGAAACGAAAGGAUGGACCCCGUGUUGAAUCUCUUAACAAGACUCUAUCUGAAACUCAUGAAAAGAUUACAACAGUGGAAGAAAUGAUGAGGAAGAUAUUCACUGGGCUAUUCAUGCACCGAUAUAGAGACGUGGACUCAGAGAUUCGAAUGGCUUGUAUUACAGCUAUUGGAUCAUGGAUUUCUGCCUACCCAUCCUUGUUCCUUCAAGACCUUUACUUGAAAUAUAUUGGAUGGACUUUGAACGAUAAGAACCCAACUGUUCGGAGGAGCUCAGUGUUGGCACUGCAAGCGUUGUAUGCUGUCGAUGAUAAUAUUCCAUCUCUGGGAUUAUUCACGGAGCGAUUCAGCACCAGGAUGAUUGAGCUUGCAGAUGAUAUAGAUGUCAAUGUGGCUGUCAGUGCAAUUGGUUUGUUGAAACAACUACUAAGGCACCAGCUUCUAGAAGACGAUGAGUUGGGUCCUCUUUACGAGUUCUUGAUUGAUGAAUCGCCGCAAAUUCGUCAUGCGGUCGGAGAUCUUGUUUACGAUCACCUUAUAGCACCAGCAGCUGGAGGAAAGGACAAUGAGAAUCUGCAAGGGCAGCUCGAGCGACUCCUGCAGAUCUUAAGAGAGUUUUCUGGAGAUCCUAUCCUCUGUGACUACGUUAUAGACGCUCUUUGGGAUAAGUGCAAGGCAAUGAAGGACUGGAAGUGUAUGACCACAAUGCUUUUAGAGGAUCGUCAAUCCGAUGAGCUGACAGAUAGGGACGCAACGAAUCUGGUUAGAGUCUUGUCGGCCUCAGUCAAGAAGGCUGUUGGAGAGAAGAUUGUCCCUUCCAGUGAUCAUCGUAAAGUUUCUCUUACAAAAGCACAAAAGGAAUCAUUGGAAGCCAGUAAGAAGGAGAUGACCUUGGCAAUGAUCAAAUCCUUGACCAAGCUUCUCAGGAAAUAUCUGGCUGAUCAAGCAAAAGUGUCAGCUCUCGUUGAGAUUAUAUUUCAUAUGAAACUUGAGUUGUAUUCCUUACAACGGAAAGAGCAGAGUUUUGCAGCAGCACUUCAGCUCAUAAAGGAUGCUUUCGUUAAGCAUGGAGACAGUAACACCUUGAAGGCCUGUGUGAAAUCUCUCGCUUUUGCUGCUAACGAAAGUCAUGCGGAUCUGCAAGACUCUGCACAACAGAUCUUCAAGCAAACUGUCGACGAUCUUUCUUCAAAGUUGAAGUCUGCAAUAGGUCAAUUAGGGGAUGCGGAAGAUGAUUACUCUUUAACUGUCAAUCUGAGAAGAAUGUAUCAGCUGCAACUAGCGAUACGCGUAUCGAACGAAGGUCUUUUUGCAGACAUGCUGGGUCUUCUAGAUGACUUUAGUAAUCUCGAUGACGAGGUUGUUCGACUGAUCUUCUUGAAUAUGUACCUACAUAUCACGUGGUCGUUGUCAGCGAUCGAUCCUCAUAGUCCGGACGAGACUGCAAUCGCGUCAUUGCUGACGAUUAGAGCAAGGCUGAUCCAGCAUCUGUACAGUUUUAUGGACUUUGUUCUUGAUAGCUGGGAUCAAGGAAAUCCCCGGAAUGUUUUGACCUGCACAAUGUGCCUGAUUCUGUCAGACGUUUGGAGUUUAUUUAGCGAAGCGAAGUUGGCACCAACCAAAUUGAGGGCGCUUGGGUUUUGCCCUCCUAUGGAUAUUCUUGAAAGGUUCUGGCAACUAUGCGAGUACAGGCUUUCUUACACAGAUGAGGGCGAAGAAGAGAUCACAGAGGGGCCAACUGCUGAGUUCCUAAAUGAGAAAGAUAUGGUCAUGACUGCAGCCGCGAAGCUUAUUGCUCACGAUAUGGUCCCCAAGGAUUUUCUCGGUCCGGAGAUCCUCUCACACUAUGCGCUGCAUGGGAAAAUAAUCUCUGAGACUGUCAAGCAGCUUCUUGCGAAAGUGAAGCAACAGUUGCAUGCAGAUGAUUUGUCUGGUCUCUACUUGAAUGCGAUGAAACGAGCUUAUCAGCGGCACUUGGUUGAAGUCUCUGGAAGUGACGACGACCUUUCAAAGAGUCCAUCUUUUGCAGCCUGUAAGGAUCUCGCAGUGCGUUUGUCAAGCUCGUUUCUUGGUAUGGCUCGUGCCAAAUACAGACCCAGCAUCAUGGAGAUAGUCAAAGGGGGAGUUAAAUACGCAUUUUAUGACGCUCCCAAGCAACUUUCUUUCCUGGAAGGCGGUGUGAUACAAUUUGCUCUAAAAUUGCCGGCUGCGGACAUUCGAGAAAUUCUUUCAGAUAUCGAACCAAGAGUGCGGGGGAUCGACACAGACCAAGAUCCAAGUGGAUGGCGUCCGUAUUUCACCUUCGUUGAACUGCUUCGUGAGAAGAGUGCUAAACACGAAAUGCCUUCUGGUGAAAAGGAAGGCGCUGCACAUCCACCACCAGCCCGGUCACGAAGACGGAUAGCUAAGAAAGGAGUCCGAGGGAAGAAGCUUUUUGAAGCUCAUUAUACCUCUAGCGAGGAAGACGAGAUAGAAGAGGUACCUUCAGAAUCAGAUAACGACCACGAUGAGGUUGAGGAAGAUGAAGAUGAUGACACUCCUCUAUACAACAUCCGCCAGUCAGUGAAGACUGGCAGAAGGUCCAAUCUGGCCACUCGUCCAAAUGUCUCCAGGCUGGCUACUAUGGAAGCCUCCAGAGAGAUUUCUUCCCCUUCUGCAGAUAACGUCGAGUUGGAGGAGCACGAAAUUGACGCUGGGCGGGCAAGUCCAGAUGGUGCAAUGUACGAUGUAAUGACUGCGACUGAGGAGCAGCUGCCAGCAAUGAACGUGAAUUGGAGACCAUCGCAUUCCAUGGCAGAGCAAGUCUCUAGGGGAAACACGAAUUGGAGACCCUCUCCAUUGCGAUUAGGCGAUGAUGAAGAUAUUUCGAAAGGGUCCAGCAAGGAUGACUCUCCCUCUAACAGCAGUGACGUGGUAAGAACCAAACGGAUACGAAGCAAACUACACAACAGGCCCCUAUCGUCCGAGGAAGCCGCAAGUGGAGAAGGGUACAAUGAAUUUUGAUUCCUCAGUUAACUUUCAGAUUGUUUCACAUGAUUUAUCCGGAAAUGUAUGACUAUACAUCCACAUAUAAAUUCGUUGAAACCUUGUCAGCAAUCUCUGAGCCUCCCGCACGUGUAAGAUAGCCACUUCUCGUGGUUUCCUGGCACUGAUGUGAGAUAGAGCUGAUGAAUGUAUUUAGGUACAGAAUUUUCAAGUAGGUAGUUUGCAUAUUCUUUCCAACCUUCACAACGCCUCCGUAACCUGAAGGCUGAGGUCCCGCUAGGUUACAGGGAUGAGUACCAAGUAGCGUUAUGAGAACGCGACAGGUACGGCUCAAGGGUUGGCACUGUGGGUCUUCCACAACAAGAGAGGUGUUAUGCUGUUAGUUAUAGGCGAUGUCAUCUCACUCGACGCGCUCAGUAGACUCGAACUUGAUGAUCGGAUACUCCUUGGCCAUGAUCUUUGAAGUGAUUUUAAUGCUGUACAGGUAAGCAUUGUAUCACAGCUUCAUAUAAAGCAGUUAAUCUAGACAACAUUCUUGCGUCAACAUGUGCAAUGCACAUAAGAUUUGGCCGAUUCGAGCCAUGUUGUAAUUGAAUGUCGGUUACAGUACACGAA